CGGGAAUAGAGAGUUCCAUUAUGAUUUAUGGCAUUAUCAAUUCUGAAACAGUUACCUUUCGAAGGAGAGUGGAAUCUCCGCAAGCCGCGAUUGUUUUUUCCUGAAGCUACUAGAAUACUCCCCUGCACCUUAUAAAUCCCCUCAUACUCCUAGUCUUUAUGCAGCAGUGACGAUUGGCAUCGAGAAUUUGUUGUGCAAAGUUCAAAUCAAUUAGGGUUCAAUUGGUUGUGCAAAAAUGUCGUUGAUUCCUAGCUUCUUCAACAACCGACGAAAUAGCGUCUUCGACCCCUUCUCUCUCGACGUUUGGGACCCUUUCAAAGACUUUCCUUUCCCUUCCCCUACUAUACCUCGUGAGAAUUCAGCAUUCGUGAACACUCGAGUGGACUGGAAGGAGACACCGGAGGCUCACGUGUUCAAGGCAGAUCUGCCAGGGCUGAAGAAAGAGGAAGUGAAGGUGGAGAUCGAAGAUGACAGAGUGCUUCAGAUCAGCGGAGAGAAGUAUGUGGAAAAGGAAGACAAGAACGAUACUUGGCACCGUGUGGAGCGCAGCAGUGGAAAGUUUAUGAGGAGGUUUGGGUUGCCGGAGAAUGCCAAGAUGGAGGGGAUCAAGGCUUCAAUGGAGAACGGUGUACUCACGGUGACUGUGCCUAAAGAGGAAGUGAAGAAAGCCGAUGUCAAGGCUAUUGAGAUAUCUGGAUGAAAGCUAAAACGGUGUCGCAUUGUAAGAUUUUCAGUUUCCUAAUGACUGAGACCAGGAUUUUAGAAUUUUUUAGAUUUCAACUAUGUUUGUAUGAUUGUAUCACUGAAACUACUAUUAUAUAUUAACAUGAGGAAGUGCCCAGUUUAGGGAUUAAAAGCA